AUGGCAUGGUAUAAGAAGAUUGAUUCUUACUUUGUGCAUAAUGGUUUUCAGAGAUGCCCGUUUGAACAUACUUUGUAUAUCAGAUCAGUUGACUCUGACAAUAUUCUUAUUGUGUGCCUCUAUGUUGAUGAUCUAAUUUUUACUAUCAAUAAUUCAAAGAUGAUUGCAGAAUUCAGGGAGGCCAUGGUUAAAUGUUUUGAGAUGACAGAUUUGGGCCUAAUGUCAUAUUUUCUUGGCAUUGAGGUCAUUCAGCAAGAUGAUGGAAUUUUUAUAUCUCAAAAGAAGUAUGCUGCUGACGUUUUAAAAAAAUUCAAGAUGGAGAAUUCAAAGUCAAUCUCAAUACCUGUUGAAGAGAAGUUGAAGCUGAAAAAGGAUAGUGAUGAAAAAAGAAUUGAUUCAACAUAUUACAAGAGCUUGAUUGGAAGCCUCAUAUAUUUGAUUGCUACUAUACCAGAUAUUGUCUUUGGAGUAGGAUUGCUGAGCAGAUUCAUGGAAGAACCACAUGCAUGUCCUUUACAAGGAGCAAAGAGAAUUCUCAGAUAUAUCAAAGGUACUCUGACCGAGGGAAUUUUUUAUGCUAACACUAAAGUUGUGAAGCUUGUUGGACAUACAGAUAGUGAUUGGGCAGGAGAUGUUGAAACAAGAAAAAGCACGUCAGGAUAUACAUUUCAUCUAGGAACAGGAGCAAUAUCGUGGUCCUCAAAGAAACAACCUGUCGUCGCUCUUUCAACAGUCGCAUGGCAACAGCUAGUUGUGCAACCCAGACAGUAUGAUUAA